AUGAACUCCGUUCAGAAGACUUACCGCAUUGCUUCUAUACCAGGCGAUGGUAUUGGAGUAGAGAUAAUCAAGCAAACGAUUCGAGUGCUAAAGAGACUUGAAGAGCUCCUUGGCACCUUUAAUAUAGAAUUCCAUAAUUAUGAUUGGAGCUCUGAAAGGUAUCAAAACACAGGAGAAUACAUACCUACUGGCGGUCUUGAGUCCUUGAAAAAUCACGAUGCCAUCUUAUUUGGUGCUGUUGGCUCUGUAGAUGUUGCCGACCACAUCUCCUUAUGGGGCCUGAUCCUUCCCAUUCGUAAGAUGCUAGGCCAGUAUGUUAAUGUCCGUCCGAUUCGCAUCCUUCCUGGUCUUUCAUCACCUCUGAAAGAUUGCAGCAUCGAAGAUCUCGAUUGGGUUAUGAUUCGUGAGAAUAGUGAAGGGGAGUAUGCCGGUCAGGGAGGCAUAACGCACGAAGGUACAGAGUACGCUAUAGCAAACGACGUUGCGGUAUUUACCAGACAAGGUAUUGAGCGCACGAUGCGUUUCGCUUUCGAAAUAGCUUUAUCACGCCCGCGGAAACACUUGACUAUGGUCACCAAGAGCAACGCACAGCGUCACGGGAUGGUAUUAUGGGAUAAGGUCUUUCAUGAGUUGGCUCCACAUUACCCUGAGGUCAAAACGGACAAAAUGCUAGUUGAUGCGAUGACGGUUAGAAUGGUAUUGAAACCACGAAGUCUAGAUACAAUCGUGGCCACGAAUUUGCAUGGCGAUAUUCUCUCUGAUUUGGCUGCCGCUCUCGCAGGUAGUAUUGGAGUCGCGCCUUCGAGUAAUUUAAAUCCGACGAGACAGUUUCCGAGCAUGUUUGAGCCAAUUCACGGCAGUGCGCCGGAUAUUGCGGGACUUGGAGUGGCCAAUCCAGUCGGAACGUUUUGGUGUGCUGCGGAAAUGCUUGCGUGGAUGGGUGAAACCAAGGCGAGAUCUUCUUUAAUGAAGGCUAUAGAAUGUGUAUGCGCUGCUGGAGUAAGGACAAAAGACAUCCAGGGCACAUCAAAUACCUUUGAGGUUACGGAGGCAGUGAUAAGAGCGCUGGAGAAGGAACUCACCAAUUAA